GCGAUGUGUGUGUGGACACUCGAUGCGGCGACGGCACACUGAGCGUGCGGUUUCUUCGUGACGAUGCGUGGCACGAGUGCCAGGCAGGUGAGACCGUCACGCCGCCAUCGGGUCCCUGGCGUGGGAGCAUUGUGUGCCCCCAAUACGCCGAUGUGUGCACCGCCUUCCCGAACAUCAGCAGCCACCCAAUACCGGUCGUUGACCCGCCCCUAGCGGACGACCCGACAUCCGCGGAGGAUGCGGAGGGAGACGAGGGCGAGGUUCCGAGGAAGCGGCCGCGGCGACUCUGA